UAUUAGCAAGCACAACACAACCAACCACGCCCACCGGCCGCCAAACCAAAUCGGUAGGGGCCAUAAGCCAAGCAUUGUACGCAGUAAAUGCAAGUGGCGUCGGCAGCAGCAACGGCAGCGGCAGUGGCAGCGGCGGUGAGAACAGCGACCUGAUGAUACGACUGCGCGAGUCAAUCAAGCAGAAGGAGGAGUUCCUCAAAUCGCCGCUACCCUCCGGUGUGCUAUCCGCCUCCGCAUCCAACGGCAACGCAUCGCAGUCAUCGCCACAAAAUCAGCAACAGCAACAACAACCGGCGCAGCACUUUUUCCCAUCACACACGCCACCAGGAGGCGGAGCUGUUGCACAGCGCGUGCGCCACCAAGUGCUGCACAAACAGCAACAACAACAGCAGCAGCAACAGCAACAACAACUACUGCACCACCACCAACACCACCUCCACCAUCAGCAGCAGCAGCAGCAGCAGCAGGUUGUUCUUGGCUACGACAUGUACAACAGCUACGCAAGCAGCAAGCUGGCGCCGCGUUCCAUAGGUGCAAUGCCGCCGCAGCAGCGACAGGUGGCUGUCGGCGUGGGCAGCAAUAAUGGCAAGUACGCUAAGGAGCUAGACUAUUUUGAGACGCUGCAGGAGACGGGUGUUACCAACAAGGUAUUUGAAAGUAAACUUGUCUCUCAUAUGUCGAAGGGUUUUGAUCCGUUCAAGCCGUUGUCAAUCAAUACAAGCGCCGCCUCCGAAUCGAGCAGCGCCUCGGUUGCGUUGGCGAAGAAGCAGAGCGUUCUUUACGAGUCACUCCAGCAGCAUCCGUUGCAUCAGAUGCAAUCCAAGUAUCAACAAAGCAACACCGCCACCAGCAGUAGCAGCACAGUCGACGGACAGUCAACCAGCCGAAUGGAGUUACAUAAGGCAACACUUGCAAAUGCAACCUUUGAGUCGGUGCCGACCAGCAAAUUCAGCAACGUUCCGGAGCACCAGCAGGCCGCCAGUUCCUCGCACACGGUAGCCACUUUGGCGGACAUUGCUGAGAGUAGCGCCGCUGCCAUUGUGGAGGCCGCGUCCACGCCGGGCAACGUGGUGCGUCGCUAUAAGCCGCUUUCCUCGAGCUCCUUUGACGAGGGUAAGCCGGUGCGACGCAUCUCGUACUUGCGUGCCACCAACAAUGAGACGGAGUAUCAUGCAGAGCCACCGGCGGAUGGAGCUGCAGCCAGUACAACUGCCGCAGCUUCUGUCGUUGCGGCCGCAGCCGCUGCGGCUGCUGCGGCGGCCGCUGUCGAGCCACACAAGACCAAAGCACUGGUGGAGGAGCAUCCAGACCCCACGUACGAUGUAAUCGCUGGCACCGGCGGUGGUCACGAGUUUAUCGAAACGCCCAACGGCCUGGAGGAUGUGCGUUUGUCCGCACAUCAUGGCAACCGGCGUGCCUCCAUCAACAGCGAUAUGCGUAGCAGCAUCCACAUUGAUGCGGAGCUUAAUGGCAAGUAUGUGCCCAACGAGCUGGAGGCCUUUGAGACGGAGAUUGAGAUCAAAUCCUCGUGCAUCAAUGGCAAGCGCAUGUCCGAGUAUCGUUCGUGGCGUCAGGUUAAAUUGGAAAUCAAAGGAGAUUUCCUACGCAUCUACUCUGGACGCCAUGCCAAGUCGGAGCAUAAUGUGAUAGAGCUUGAUAUUAGAAAUUUUAAAUUCUUCGACGAGUCGCUGGACAAAAAGAAGUACUUGAUACGCAUGCAGUCGAAGCCGAGCGCCAGCGUUGCCCAUUUGGCUACAUUGGGCAACGAGCUCAAUUUGGAUGAUGCGCACGAUAAGCUGACCUCGUCGGGCAGCAGCAGCGCCGCCGAGCCGCAAACGCCGGCAUCAUCGGCUCCGUCCUGCGGUCCCUACACCGAAAUUCUAUUCAAGACCAAGAGCAGCAACGAGAUGAAGCGCCUCUUUGGGCUGCUACAGUGGAAGGAUAGCUUGAACUAUGAUGACGUUGAGCAGCCUGCAGGCAAGCAGCUGGCGGAGCCACAAAAAACAGCCGCCACCUCCAGCUACCUGGAUGAUGUCGCAGGCGCAGAUAGUUCGCCGGUAAGUUCGCAUUCGGGCGGUGCCUUGGUGGAGGGUUCCGCUGUGGCUUCCAUAGCUGCAGCUGCCACCACCAAUGAUGCGAUAUCGCCCGUGAUGAAGCUACGCAAGCCCUCCUCCCACAAGAAUGUGCCCGAAAAAGAUCUCGGCUCGCCCAAGUCAAAGAACUGGAAAGAUUUACUAUUUCGACGUGGAGGUGGCAGUGGCGGCGGGGUUGCCCAUGCUGAUUUGGCCUCACCCUCGGGCUGUGGCAGCAGAACAGGCGGCUCCAUUGGUCAGCCAUUGCGCGCAUGUCCCAUGUCCAAAAGUAACGCCUAUGUACCGCAUCUGGUGGAGAUCUGCACCAAUAUUGUGGAGACCAAAGGUCUGGGCGUGGUCGGUAUUUAUCGCAUACCUGGCAACAAGGCGGCCAUAUCGGAGCUGUCCGAGCUGGUCAACACGAAGGAAUUUUCGUUCGAUAGCUGCGCCACCGAUGUCCGAUGGGAGGAUGUCAAUGUCGUUAGUAGCCUGCUUAAGCUAUUUAUACGCAGCCUGCCGGAUGCCCUGAUGCCGGCCAGUUUUUACAUUAAUUUCAUUGAGGCGGACAAGAAGACGGGCAUGGAGCGCAUUGUGCUGCUCAAGGACAUUGUCGAGUCCCUGCCGCGUCAUCCGUACGAGACAAUGAAGCAUCUGAUCAGGCAUCUGUGCCGCGUCAGCGACAACUGCGAGGUGAAUCGCAUGGAACCCAAGAACCUGGCAAUUAUCUUUGGGCCAUCUAUAAUACGCACACCCAACGACACGCUGGAAACGGCCGUAAAGGAUAUGAAGCAUCAGUGUCGCAUUGUCGAGCUGCUCGUCACACAGUACGAGUUCUUCUUUGAGGGCGGCAGUCUGCCGGAUCUGGCGGAUUUGACCGGCGGCGCGGCCGCGCCGAGUCCGGCCCAGCCGCAGCAGACGCAGGAGGACCAAACGAGCAUGCUGCUGCACAACUUGUCCAAGAUUGAGCGCAUCACGGAACGGGAGACGCGCUCCUCGCGUUUCAUUCCGCAGUUGCGAAGACGCACCCAUGGUAAACGCAGCGCCGUCAGCUCGGACACGUACUCCGGCGAGAGUGUUCUGGUAAGCGGCAGUAGUCAAGCCCAGCACAAUUCCCACUGCACCACAACUACCGACAACACCACCAAUACCACCAAAACAACCAAUACAACCAAUACCACAACCACCAUCCGCACCACCAACCAAAGACGAAUGCAGCGCAAGUCUGUGCAGAGCAUUUGCGAUUUUGGCCUAAUCCUGCCCGCUGUUCACUUUCAGUCGCUGGACUACGCCAAGGUGUCAGCGAGUAGCACGACCAGCACCAGCAGCAGCUCGACGCUGCAUAGCAGCAAGACCAGCACCACCAGCAAGCUGCUCAGCUCGGCCAUUAGCGGCGGCGGCGGCUCAUCUUCCUUUACGACAUCCUCCUCGACGAGCACAGCUAAGGCGGCCGCGGCAAGCACCAAAAAGCGCGGCACUGGUGGCUUCCUCUCCAGCUCUAGUUCGCGGAGCGCCCAGGCACGCAAGGCCAGCCUGGAUGAGAAGGACUCGGCCAGCGUUGACUCAGCUGGCAGCGCUGGCAAGCAUGAGCAGCAGCGGAGCAGCGUUGACAUUUCCAUACUGCUCACCGAUGAUGAUUCGAGCAGCCGUCUAAGCGAUACGGGCUCCAUGUCGCUGACGACCAUCACGGACACGCUGGACAGCAAGCUGCGGAAUUUGCGCAGCGGCUCCGAAUCGAACGAUGAGAACGGUUCGCCCGAGUUUCCCAAAAAUCGCCGGCACACACUUGGUCAGCCGUUGCACUUGCACUCCGAGAACAUUCCCUAUGCGGACGAGUCGCCAGAGCGACUGUUCCACAACUUUUGCCCACUGGACGCACCACACUCGUUGCUAUUGAGCCGUUCCUGCACGGCCACCAAUAGCAUUGGCGAGGCCAAAGAGGACAAGCAGCAGCAACAGCUGCAGUUGCUGAUGAAGCCAACGGUGGCUCCGCUGCCGGCCAGUUUGCUCAAGGCGGCGCACAAGCUGCAGCACUCGGCCACGGUGCCCAUACACCAGGGCAGCGCAACGGCGCCGGCCAGUGGCGCUGCCACGCCCACCGCUGGCACCGGCUCAAGCAGCGCCUCAACGCCGCUGGCUGGCACGCCCAGCUCCCAGACGGCCAACACGAUGCAGCGCAACUCGUACGGAAGCAAGAAUCUGAGGUUCAGCAGCUCGCUGGCCUACGAGCGGGGCAUUGGGGGCGCCGGCUCCGAAGAUGACUCGGAGGGCUCCACCACCAGUGAUCCGAAGGAGAAGCUCCUCAUGGCCACACCCUCGCCAUCGUUUUUUCUUGAACGCUACAAUAAAAAGCGGCGCGAUCAUCGGCUCUUUCGCAGCGCCAGCUUCAACUGUCGCAACUACUCGACGCGACACAUGAGCAGCAGCAAUUCAAGCAAUUCGGCAGCUGCUGCUGCCGCUGCCGCUGCCGCCGCCACCUGUUGCUCCCCGACAUCGUCGUCAUUAGCUUGGGCACAUGCCGCUGCCGCGCUCACCAAGGACGAAAAGACUGACAUGAAUCUGACCAAAAAGCGGCAGAUACAAAACAAACAGAAUCGCUCAAUCAAGCGCCGGCACACGGUGGGCGGCCCGCACGACUAUGCCGCCAAUAACGCUGGUGGAGGUGGCGGCGGCGCUGGCGGUGGCAAUGGCACCGCCAGUCAUGAUCUGACCGCCAUCAACUACAACCAUCAUAAUCGGCAUCAUAAGCAGCAGCUCUUGAAAUUGGGCAGCGCCGCCGGCGGGAGCAAUGCUGGUGCAGCUGCUGAGACAACAACGACAACGACAACAACCACCACAGUGUUGCGUAGACUGGGCGCAACUGCAGCCAGUGCAAGUGCCAGUGUGAGCGGUGUCAAUGCCGAGGCCAAUGUUGCGUUGCCUGUUGUCGUCUCCGGUUCCAGUUCGGGCAACAAUAACAACAACAACAACAAUUCGCCGCUAAGCGAUGGCAGCAAUGGCAACAGCUCUGCCAGCGGCGGCGGCGGCGGUGUCGGCGGCAGCAACAGCAGCAGCAGCAGUUCCUCAAGCCACAGCAGCAGUGGCGGCGGCGCUGCCGGCGGUGACCAAGUCUUGGAAGUGGGCAUACGCAUCAAGAACAUGAACAGGGCGCGUUUCUAGAUGUGCAGAAGCGGAGCAGCUAAAAUGAAAUGAAAAGCUCAGAAAGGAACAGAGAGAGGGAGCGAGAGAGCGAGAGAACGAGAGAACGAGAGAAGGAGGCAGCACGAAAGUGUGAGAGCAUAUAUUGGAAAACAUUAGUAUUAAAAGCGAAGCAUAUAAAACACAUGCAAAAGUAUUUUAAAGGAAAUUGUGGCUGAAGCACACACAAAUAAAAAAAACAGACACACACAACCCAUCCAAAACAAACCUAGCGACACACAUACACACACACAUACACAUCGAGGGAACAAUGGAAAAGCAAAAGUAACGAUAGGGACAGCGCGUCUUACAGAGAAAGAUAUAUAUUUAUAUAUAUAUUUAUAUACAUACAAAACUAUUUUGUAAAACGUAUACAAACAGUACGGAAUAUGCUUAACCAUAUACAUACAUACAUAUAUUUGUAAAAUAAUCAUACACAGACACACACAACACACCCACAGAGAGACAUACACACACAUAUACAAACAUAUUUAUACACUCAUACAUAUGUGCGUAUAUGCACGGAUAUGUUAAGCUUAACAUGGCCAACAUUUGACAGCCAUAUAUAAAAAUACAUAGUACAUACAUACAUACAAAACUAUAUGCAUAUAUAUAUAUAUUUGCAUAUAUUUACACGUAAUCCAAACAAUGUCGCCUGCCUAGAGCAGACACACAAUUUAAAAGAGAUAGAGACAGAAAGUGAAAGUGAAAGAGAGAGUGAGAGUGAGAGAGAGAGAGUUGGCAACGUCUUGUGGCAGGCAGUCGCUUUGUAUGCAUCUGCAACGUAUUUCGACUGUAUGCAUGUAGUUUGUUGUUUUUUGUUUUUUUCAUUGUUUGUACCUGUACCUGUCCAUGCCUAUGGGUAGCUUCUAGUGCGUAGAUGCAACACUUUUUGGUGCCUUAAUUGCUUUGCUUUAAAAAUUGUUAGUGACAUGAUUUAGGGAACACUGCCCGAGGGCCCAGCUGGCCGCAUCGGUGCUCAAUUGCCAAUUGGCAGCCAGUAUAUGUACGCUAUAUAUUUAUGUGUGUACAUAUAUAUGCGUUUGGUGCUCACGUGUCAUUAGUUUAAGAGUCGGCCAUACUUCGUCAUAUGUUAGCCGUUAGUUAAGCCCAACAUCAGUGGGCCUAACUGAGCCGGGCUCAAUGCAGCUGCCUGUUUGGCCAUCAGAAGUACGCAGUCGUUGGUGAGUGGCAGGCGACAAAAAACCGGGUGCACAUAGGCAGAAUACGCAACAAUUUAAACAUUUCUUUCAUAUAAUCCUUAUGACAAACAAACAAAUUACUAAAAUUAUAUACACAUACAUAUAUUUCAAGAAUUCAGCAAUUAGUAUGAAUAGAGCAUUACGUAUACAUUUUAAUGUAUGUCGAAUAUUAAAAUGUUAUCGUAGAAGACGUUUGGUAUUAGGUCAAAACGCAUACAAGUAUCCAAUAUAAUAAAAAUAUACACACACACACACACACACACAC